AGAGUGCGAUGGGACCCAGACAUGGAACCAGGAGCCGAGCAGGACAGAGGUGAACCCUGGUGGCAAUGUGGUGCUGGCCUGCAAAGUGUACAACAAGCAGGGCACGUGCUCUUGGCAGAAGGAUGGCAAGCCUCAGGGAAUGUUUGUGGGUAAGUAUGAGUGGUCUGGUGAUCGAGAGGCUGGGGACUGCUCCAUCAGGAUCUUGGAUGCUAGCGAAGUGGAUGAUGGGGAGUGGGAGUGUCAGGUCACCGCCUCUGCCUUCACAGCUCAUGAUGCCCUUACAUCCAGGAUAGCUGAACUUGUUGUUAGAGUGGCACCCAACCGCCCUCAGUUGGAGGUUGAGACACAACAAGUGUUGGCAGGGCAGAACUUCACUGUGCAGGAAGAUCAGCCAGCUACAAUAAAGUGCAUCUCCCACUAUGGCAAUCCCCCAGCUGAUAUCAAGUGGUUCAUCGGUAAGUAUGUGCCAGAAAAAAAAAUGGGAGAAAUUAACUUCUAUGCUAGUUAUGGUAUUGCUGAUGUUUGUAAAGAAAACUUAUUAGUAAACUGGAAAAUUUUAUGGCUAUCAGAUGCACCCACUGUAACACUGGAGGGAGCUCCUUCUGAGGAUAUAGAAGAAGGAGUCGAUGAUGUGAGUCUCCGAUGCUUAGUGGACUCGAAUCCAGCAGCCAGUGUGGUGUGGCGUGUUCUGGGUGAGACAGACGUGUUCAGCUUCCUGUCAGAAGUUAGAUUCAGUCCCGCUACCCGCAAGCACUCAGCCACCUACACUUGUGAGGCCAGAAAUUCUGUUGGAGGCUCUUAUCCCAUUUCCGUCAAUAUUGAUGUAAAGUAUGGACCGCGAGUACUGCAGGUGGGGCCAGCUGCCAUGAUAACUGCUGCACUCCACAACCACACACUGCUUGAGUGUCUCGCUGAGGGCAACCCACCACCAAUGUACACUUGGCUUCAGACUGUUCCGGACACACAGGAGAAAGUAGUACGGGGUCACAAUGCUACGCUGCUGCUGGAGGGUAUAAGCUAUGAACACCAGGGCCAGUAUACCUGUGUCGCCUCCUCUGUUAUCAAAAGCCAUACUAUCGAAGAUGAAAGCCAGCCAAUCACAGUUGAGGUCGUCGGUGCCCCACAGGUGCUACGCUACACAGUGGAACGUAAUGUCCUGGUAGAGAAAGGCCAAGAUGCUGUGAUCCAGAUUGUCUUCUGUUCCGACCCUCAACCUUCCCGCACUUCCUGGGAGUGGGGUUCACUUCAGUUGGAGGCUGGAAAUGGCAGGGGCCGCUACGUAGCUGAGAACCUAGCUCAGGAUGUACGGGAGGAUUGCUACUCGGCAAGGCUGAGGGUGCAGGGUGUGGACAUUGCAGAUGCCAGAGACUAUGUACUCAAUGUGGAGAACGACAAGGGUGCUGAUCGUUAUGCCGUUGGUCUCCUUGUCAAUGGACAUGUAGACAAGCCCCCACUACAGCGUGUCCCUCCCUCAGCAGAACCCGUGUCCAUGUCCACUGUGAUUGGCAUCGUGAUCGCUUGUCUCGUCGUCCUUGUGCUGGUGACUCUGAUUAUCCUCUACGCUUUCAAGACAGAGAAAUGGUGCUUCUCUCAACGAGGAGAUUUCAAGCCUACAGAUCUGGAAAGUGACAAGAGUGACAUAGAGAGCCAGAAAGGAAAUAAUGGUAGGCAACAGUACUCUGCAUGUGGGUCAAGUGGUGGUAGGAGUGGGGGUAAGACUCCAGUAGUAGCUGGUUCUCUCGCCUCCAUCCCUCCUGACGCACUUUAUUCAUCAGCCCCCAAACAUACUAGUGUGUCCACACUAUCCUCUAAACCUGACCAUGAGUAUGAGAACUUGAAGAUAAUGCCAACACAAAUGGUAACACCAAACUUAUGUCAGGAAAUGAGAAGCAGCAGCAACAGUCAGUCGAAAAAAGAUGAACACUUAUUGACAGCAAAUGGAACAUGUGAAGUGAAAGAGGAAGAAAUACUGAUGAGUGACCAAGAGGAGAAGGAUAAUUCAAAAAAGGCCAUCAUAUACAGUCAGGGUGAAAUGCAAACUUUUAAGAAAAAUGCAAAUCAACAUGAUGAAUGCAAAGUUCUGCCCAAAAAUUAUAAGGGUCCUAAAUAUGUGCCAGUUUAUCGACCAAAUUCAGAAUGCAACACUUCAUCAUAUCAGAAUGAGCUUCAGACUGGUACCAAUAAGAAUAGGAAGCCAAACAGUGGAGUAGUAUAUGCAGAACUUCAGCUUCCACGUGCAUCUAAUAAUGGUUCCAUGAGACGAGCAAAUCAACAUAAUCUUCAAAAUAAGACGCACUAUGCAGAAAUUACAUUUCAAGGCUGCCCUCUCCAAACAGCUGAAAUAUAAAAAACAAUAAAUAAAUUAUAAGGAAUUUACCAAGACUAUAACUUGCAUAUAAGUGUAUUUUAUGUACAUACAACUUAAAACUUUUCUUUAGCUAUCUGUUUAAAUUUAUGGCAUUUGGAUGUAAUUUGGAAAAAUUUUAAGUACGUCAUAUGAAAAAAGCCUUAAACAUAGUACUGUACUGCACUUUUACCUCAGUAUUUUAUAAAAAUUUUUGGUAAUAUAUCUGUAAGAAAGCAAAUCCAAGCAUA